GUUACUUGGAUGAAUCCUCGAGUUCAGUCUCGUUGUGCGUAUUAGAGUAAUUAGUUGGUACACCAUUCGCUCUACGAAAAUGCGACCUCGAGCGUCGUGGAGGAAGCUCGAUUGCAUUUUCGCAUUAUCGAAAUGGAUCCUUCUUUUCGCGUGUCUUGUUUCAUUAAUACCACGUGAAAUUACCGCGCAAAAUACAAACGAGACGUUUGAAAGUGCAUUCCGAUUGAAUUCACCUGAGUUGAUCGAGAACGAAAGUACGGAGGACAGCGUCGGUUUGCCGCCGCAAACGAAAGCGGUUCAUCUGGAGCUCGAUGAUCUCGUCGAGGAAGAGGAAAAUUUAGGUCCCGUCGAGAAGAAGGUCGACGUAGAGGAAAGUCCGGUGCAAGUGUUGCCGGACGUUGAAGAUUUCGCAGCGAAGGGCAACUCCGGAACGGAUUUGCCUAUCGUUCAAAAAGUUUCCGGUAAAAAGGCGAACGCAAAGUCCGGAAAAUAUGUAAGAUACGAUUCUAAAUUACCUGAGGCUGAGAGAUACGCGCCUCGCCCGAAUGACAAUGUACCUUUUUAUACAAUAACAAAAGAAAGAUUGCAAGAGAUUCGAUCUGAAUUUAUGUAUUGGUAUUUCGAUAAGGGUGGCAAUGAUGAUAAGGGUGAUUACCAAUCGGCUCUGCAGGCAACGAAUCUACAAAUUCACAAAAAUUUGAAUUUCCAAUUACCUUUCUUCGGCUUCAGAUUCAACUACACGAGAUUAACUGUUAAUGGAUACUUGGAGUUCAGUGAUCCACCGGAGCACCUUACGUAUCCUCUUGUGUUUCCGAUUAAAGACUGGCCUAAAAAGAACGAUCCUGCCUUCAUCGGCAUUUUUUUCAGUAAAUGUCGCAUAGGAAUGAUAAGAGAGGACGAUAUUGAUAAAAGAAAACCGGGGGUGUACUUCAGGCUCGAAAGGGAUUUACAAACAAGAACCGAUCAGUUUGGAGUAGAAAUGCGCGAGCGUGUCAUGUGGGACAUCCGUGAGGGUGUUGUCGGCGCUGAUUCAUUCAUACCUAAGCACGCUCUUAUUGCAACUUGGAAAAAUAUGUCCUUUACGGGUGGUAUCGAUUCGUCUCUUCACACAACCAAUACGUUUCAACUAGUUUUGGCUACUGACGAGGUCUUCGCAUACGCAAUUUUCAAUUACCUCAACCUGAGAUGGACGAGUCAUACCGAAGCGGGCGGUGAUACAACUCUGGGCGAGAAUGGAGUUCCUGCAUUUGUUGGAUUUAAUGCUGGAAAUGGUACUCAGAGCUACGAGUAUAAGCCUUACUCUCAAGCGACCACGAUCCGCGACUUAACAGGCAGGGGAUGGGCAAACGGUUUCCCAGGACGGCACAUAUUCAGGAUAGAUGAAAAAAUAAUGCUGGGUACCUGUAAUAAAGACAUCGCUGGAGCUCAUCUGCCGCUGGUUUUCGCUCCGGAAUCCGGAAACAUGCUGGGCGGUACCGUUGUCAAUAUUACCGGACCGUGUUUCAACGAGAGUCAGAAGAUCAAGUGCCGCUUUGAGAACGAGGUAGUGAUGGGCACGGUUAUAGACAAAAAUCGCGCAAUUUGUGUGCAGCCUUUCUUGAAGUACGAGGGCUACAUACGUUUCUACAUUGCAAUUGAUAGUGGUACUUACGAUUGGAAAGGAAAAUAUUUUGUCGAAACCCCAGCAACAGCGACGGAGAGGAUUUUCUUCAUCGACAAAGAGGCCGUUCACCAAAAGGAUCCCGCAGAAAUAAAGAUCACAUGGAACGCGUAUAAUUUAACUACCAAUAUAGGAGCAGGGAUUCAAAUAUCAUUAUGGGGAUACAAAGAGACCAAGACGAGACCCGAGUUUGAAUUUAUAACAGUUCUAGAGAGUUCGCAUACUAAUAUCGGCAAAUACGCUAUUAAACCAGCCAAAUACCGAGACGCGUACAAUCCAUAUCAUCAGGACAUGAUAUUUGGCUUCAUUCAAAUUAACUUGACCGAUCCGCACUUAUAUUCGGGACUAUCGAUAACACCGAGCCUGUGGAGUAGACCAAUUCCUCUUGGUUGGUACUUCGCUCCUCAAUGGGAACGCCAAUACGGUUCGAAAUGGCCUCAAAAAAUCUGCGACAAGUGGAUCAUGCACGAUCGGUAUCUCAAAAACUUCGCCUCCGAAGUAGCGCUUUGCCCCUGCAUCCUGGAUCACGCUCUGUAUGACAAAGGUCGUUUUCUUCCGGAUUACACCUGCGAUAAAGAUUCGAAUAUAGAUUGCUAUUAUAAUCAGUAUGCGUCUCACUGUGUGAGGACAGGUGCGCCAAACAUGGACGGUGCGGAGCAGCAAUGUUGCUACGACAAAAAUGGUUUCUUGAUGUUAACUUAUGAUCAGCAAUGGGGAUCGCGACCGCAUCGAUCUCACAAUUUAGGUUUCUUCCCAUGGAAUGAGGCUAAUAAAGUCCCGACACUCUCGCACUGGUGGCACGACGUGGUGCCUAUGUAUGCGUGUUGUCUCUGGCAGGAAGAACAGGCUGUCGGUUGCGAGACGUUCCGAUUCGAAAGGAGACCAUCGCAGGAUUGCAUCGCCUAUCAAUCGCCAGGAGUGGCGACGGUGUUCGGCGAUCCUCACUUCGUCACGUUCGACAACGUGGAGUAUACCUUUAACGGCAAAGGCGAGUUUGUUCUGUUACGAGUGAACGAUAUCAAAGAUAAACUCGAUGUUCAAGGUAGAUUUGAGCAAAUGCCACCCAACAUGUUCGGUCCAGUGAUGGCGACGCAUCUUACCUCGGUAGCAGUGAGGGGUAAUAAUUCCGCUACUAUCGAAGUUCGUUUGAGACCUAAACAUGCACAAUGGCGAUACAGACUGGAUGUUUUCGCGGAUGGUCAAAGAAUAUAUUUUGAUAGACCAGCCUUAAAAUUCCAACAUUUCCCCGGGGUGGUCGUUUAUACACCGACGUAUAUCCUGAAUCAGAGCGAGGUCAUUGUUAUGCUCGACACCGGUGCUGGCGUAGAAGUCGUGGAGAACGAGGGAUUUUUAUCCACUCGAGUAUAUCUACCGUGGUCAUAUCUGAAUAAAACCAGGGGACUGUUCGGCAUUUGGAAUUUCGAUAAAACGGACGAUUUGACGAGUCCAAGCGGAUAUCAAGUCCCAAUCGGUAGCGUAAACAGUUCCAGGACUGUUCACACAGACUUCGCGUUGCAUUGGAUGUUAGAAGAUAAGGAGAACAAACUGUUGGGAGCGGCUUUAUUCCACAGGGAGUUUGGUAGAACGGCGAGCUACUACGCUAAUCGCACGUUCGAGCCGGAAUUUGGAAAGUAUCCAUCAGAAAUACUCCCGGUGAAUAAGUCGUACAUCGCAGAGCGCGCAGCUCAACUGUGCAGCGAUUCGUAUCAGUGUCAAUAUGAUUACGUUAUGACGUUGAACCGAGAUUUAGCGCACUUUACCCGAAAUUACUACGAUACCUACACUCAAAUCCGAGCGUUGAACAAAGAGGAAGUUAUAUCCUGCGGUGUAUUGGAAACACCACGAUUUGGACGUAAGAGCAAUUUUCUAUUCGUGCCUGGGACGAAAGUGAGCUUCGAAUGCAAUCAGGAUUUCACGUUGGUCGGUGAUAAACGUCGAGUGUGCCUACCGGAAGGACGAUGGAACACCCCGGAAUACGGAUACACGGAAUGCCUUCGUCAGGUCGAAUACGUUCAGCGUACAGCGUGGACCGUAAUGGGAAUUAUUUGCGUCGUGUUAUUACCUGUGGUGGCCUGCAUCGCCGGCAGCUUUAUUUAUAUCAAAAGAAACCACUCGCCGGGAGGUUCGAUGAAAUCUUGGCGUUAUUCCGAGCGCGAUUCUGGUAUCGACAAUGAAUCUACGCUGAAGCAGAACGCGCCGUUAAAGUACGACGAUAGGGCCAUUACACCAAUUAGCGACACUAGCACAAUUGAAACUAAUAGCGGCACUAGGAAGCGUCGUACUUACGACAGAGUGUACCGCACCCAUGAACCCUUACCCAAUAGACCGGAUAUUGACUUCGAGGAUAAAGAAUGGGAUCUGAAGGACCCUAUCUCGCCCACGGGGUCGGAUUCGGGCACGGACUCGAUUAGAAAAACAGGCAGCCCUACGAAAGAGAGCGACGUUUAGAUAUGAUAUUCAUCUCUCGUUAGUGCGCAUAACAAUUGUGUAGUAAAGAUAUAUAUAUUCUACUCAGACGAAAUUGCUUUAUUUACACGCGUAGUUUUAGCCAGUAUGCAUGUGUGCAUGUAACCAUGACAAUAUACCUUGAUUCCGAUUUUAAAUAACGUACAUACAUCUUGCACACACGUAAAAUUAAUAUUGCUCGCAAAAUAUCAAUUAAUUUGAUGCGCGAUUGAUUUAGAAUCUAGCACAAAAACUGCAGCUAAUUAGUUUCUCUUUUGAUGAUAAUUUAAAUGAUAUUCCGAAUAUAACUCCAUUAUCAUUUAUCAUUUCCGUAUUGUUCGAAGUUGUUUUAGUGUAUAUUAUAGAUAAUAGAGAUAUUAUAUGUACUGUUCUUGCUGUGGAAUAGAAAUAGUUACAGUAUUAAUUGUAUUCAGAGUAUACGUAUUAUUUCACGUCUAUGUAUACGAUAGUGUGAAUUGAUAUAUUAGAUCAAACAUUACGUGGUUCUAAGCAACGGUUAAAUGCAAUAGCAACUAUUUAAUUGUAGAAUUGGUUUGUAUAAUUAUACUAAUAGUACUUAUGGCAAUUUAAUCGCAUGGUAUACUUGUGUUCACGUAUUGUAAAAGAAUCUUAAUAAAAUUUUAUACAUCAUUAAA